AGGGGAGCUGCUGGGUAUGGAGUAUCUGUACAGUCAGUCUGGGAAAUCCCUGACUGUUAUGGAUAACCCAGAAGAGGAGGAUCGGCUGGUGGAGCAGAUGACUGAUGAGGUGGUGCAGGACGAAGGCUUUGUUGAGGAGGAACCUGAGGACCUCACAGUGCCAGUCCUCUAUGACCCCAUUGAGCCUGUCCCAGUCCACAGCAGCGGCCCCCAGGCCUUCAACCCCUGUCCCUCUGCACCAGGACCAUCCUCACUACAGCCACCCACAGGACUGCAGCGCCCUGCCCAGCCUCCUCUGCAGUCUCCUCCUCUGCACCCUGCUCAGCCUCCUCUGCAGUCUCCUCCUCUGCGCCCUGCUCAGCCUCCUCUGCAGUCUCCUCCACAGCCUUCUGUCCAGCCAAGUGCUGCCUCUGCUCCUGCAACAUCAACUGGGUCCAGUGUUGCAGACCAGGCUCCUGCUCCUGUUCUUGGACCCGAUGGCGUUGCAGGCUGGGAUAAGGUGCAGGAUCUGGCUGAGUACCUGGUGUCCCUCCGUCAGGCACUCUACCUGGACGAGCAGCAGGUCACAGAGGUCAUCCGUCUGUGGACUACUCUUCCUGAUGGGGACAAGAGGAAGAUCCACUAUCAGCCCAGACACCAGCCCAAACUGACCCACGGACGCUUCAAGGCUCCAAAAAACACAGGAGUGACACCGGGUGUGGACAGUGUGAAGAGGUGCCUGAUUGGUCAUCCUGGGGGGCCAGCUCAGUGGCCCAGCACCAGUCGCUUAGUUGAGGCCAUGUGUAUCAAACUGUGUGCACUUCACAAGUCCCCAACUAAGAAGGAUGGAGUCCGUCUUCCUCGUUGGACUAAGGUGCUCACGGAUUACCACCACAUCCGAGACCUGGUGCUGAACUGCCAAACUCUGAUGGAGGCCACGUCACUUCAGCUGUUUAUGCUGAAUCAGAGGACUCUCACUCAGUGGUUUAAUCGAAGGGAGAACACCCAGGAAGUGACUGUCCUUACCCAGGGCCUUGCUGCAGAAGACCGCAUCGCUGUGGCCAGCUCACAGCUUCCUGCUCCGCGGGAAAAGCUGGAUGAGGCUCCCUCCACAUCAGGGGCCCGGCACGAGUUUGUCCUUCCUCCUAACAGAGCGGGACAGGCUCCUAAGCUACGGCCGGGCAGACGACCUGCCAGUGCUGCAAUUGUGAGGCCAAUUACCCCAGCAGCUCCUACUCCUCCCCCAGUUCCUGUGCCACUACCCCAGUUCAUUUUAUUGAACACUGCGCCCACGCUGCUGGCAGCUGGUGCAGGUGGCGCUUCAGCUGCUCCUCUCCUGGCUCCAACUCCAGUGUUUCCUGACGUGCGAGAGGCUCCUGCUCCCACUGCCCCGGUGUCUGUGUCCCGCUUCACUCAGAGGAACAGACGACGCAGGGCAGAAGAGGAGGCCAGUGGAGCCCACAAAAGGAAAUAUGUCCGUGAAGUGGCAUAUAACAAAUGCUCUAAGUGUGGCAAGCCCAAAACCAAGGAGUUCGGCCACAGCCGCUUCGGCAGUGCCACGUUUUGCCCCAGUGUCUCUGGUGGCAAAUCUUUAGAGGAGUGGCUGGUAGAACAGCGCCAGCAGAAAAAACCUGGACAGCCACCUCCAUAAUAAAAAAUCUUUCAACACAGAAAAAAGAUUGUUUGUAAAUACCUGUAAAUAAAUAUCUAUGUGUAAUUACAGUUAUGUUCUUUUUUCUCUCUCAAUCUUUCUGUAAUGUCUUGUUUGUUUUAUUUAUA